GUUUUGUCCAAAUUUACUCCUGGAGUUUGCCCACAUCAGCGCUUCCGUCCCCACUACUGCGCAUGCGCGGUGUGCCGCAUUGUCUUUGCCAAGAUGGCGCUGAGUAAAACGUUCGGUCAGAAACCGAUAAAAUUUCAACUCGAAGAAGAAGGAGAUUUUUACAUGAUCGGCUCAGAGGUUGGGAACUAUCUGCGCAUGUUCAGAGGGUCGUUGUACAAGCGGUACCCAUCCUUGUGGCGAAGGCUUGCGUCUGUGGAGGAGAGGAAAAAGAUCGUCGCAUCGUCGCACGAUCAUGGUUACACAACUUUAGCCACCAGUGUGACUCUGCUGAAGGCGUCUGAGUGUGAGGAGAUUUUCGAAGGGAAUGAUGAGAAGUACAAAGCAGUGUCCAUCAGCACAGAACCGCCGGCCUACCUCAGGGAGCAAAAAUCAAAACGGAACAGUCAGUGGGUACCCACACUCCCAAACAGUUCCCAUCACCUGGAUGCCGUGCCUUGCUCCACCACGAUCAACCGUAAUCGGAUGGGGCGAGAUAAGAAGAGGACCUUCCCCCUUUGUUUUGAUGACCACGACCCAGCUGUGAUCCAUGAGAAUGCCUCUCAGAUGGAGGUUCUGGUUCCAAUCCGAUUGGACAUGGAGAUAGAUGGUCAGAAACUUCGCGAUGCCUUCACUUGGAAUAUGAACGAGAAGCUGAUGACCCCUGAGAUGUUUGCAGAGAUCCUGUGUGACGACCUGGACCUGAACCCUCUGACCUUUGUGCCUGCUGUUGCGUCAGCCAUUCGGCAGCAGAUCGAGUCCUACCCAACCGACAGCAUACUGGACGAGCAGACUGACCAGAGGGUCAUCAUUAAGCUGAACAUCCAUGUGGGAAACAUUUCCUUGGUGGACCAGUUCGAAUGGGACAUGUCGGAGAAAGAAAACUCUCCGGAAACGUUUGCCCUCAAGCUGUGCUCUGAGCUUGGCCUCGGGGGGGAGUUCGUCACUACCAUUGCCUACAGCAUCCGGGGCCAGCUCAGCUGGCACCAGAGGACAUACGCCUUCAGGUCUGAUUUCAGUGAGAACCCCUUGCCAACUGUAGAGAUUGCCAUUCGGAACACGGGUGAUGCUGACCAGUGGUGCCCCCUGCUGGAGACACUGACAGAUGCAGAGAUGGAGAAGAAGAUCAGAGAUCAGGACAGAAAUACAAGGCGCAUGCGACGUCUUGCCAACACCGCCCCCGCCUGGUAGAGAAGGAGAGGUUACAAUGCCGUUCAACGAGUUUAAGGCCUCCUAUAGGUACCGCUCUUGCGUGGAGCCGCGUGACGCACUGGGUUCCACUCCACCAGCCUACAGACCUCCAGUGCCCCACAGCCACGUUACACACAAACCUGCAGACCUACACACUGGCCCUGCCAUCUGCACAGGCAAGCCAGCGCUACUCUGGGGCUUGUACUGAUCCUGUAUCAGGCGUAAAUGAAUUGCUCACUGAAACUGUUACUCCGGUCUGACUGUACAGAGGCACUUGCCUGCUUGUCUAGAUCCGAUUGUGUAAUUUGUAGUUGCACAUAGUUACACACAUCACAGGAGAAGGAAUAUUUGUGAAUUGAUUGUGCUUUUCUUUUAUCAAAAGGUGCUAAGGCAUACUGUGUACUUGAUGUGCUGGGUUUUUGUUUAUUUUUUAAUAAAAUAAACUAUUCCUAAUAAA